GGAAAUGAUAUGUGCGAGGAAGCGGAGGGAGAGACGUGUUCAAUAUGUCCUGCAGACUGCGGACGAUGUCCGUUAUCGACGGGGGCACUCGCGGGGAUCAUAGCCGGCUGUGUCGUGGUUGUUGGCAGUUUCUGCACCGUAAUAGGGUAUUUUUACUGGCGACAGGAGAAGAUGUUUUGGGACGAGAGUUGGAUUAUCAAUUACGAUGAUAUCAAACCUGACACCGGUCAACGCGGUUUUGGCGGGAGUGUCAUCAGUAUCCGAGGAGAUUGUGAUACAUCUGCAUCUAGUGUGUCUGGCUUUGUACAUACAGCUCAUCAUAAACAGGUCUUCGCACAAACGGGAAUAUAUAAUGGCCAAACAGUAGCAGUAAAGAUGAUCGCCAAAAAUUCAUUUGCUCUUGACAAAAGGAUACGGAAGGAAGUUAAACAAGUUCGUGACCUUCAACAUUCGAACCUUUGCAAAUUUGUUGGAGGAUGCAUCGAGGUGCCAAACGUAGCCAUUAUCACAGAAUAUUGUCCGAAGGGCGCCCUCUCCGAUGUACUCUUAAACGAAGAUGUGCCUCUCAACUGGAGUUUUAGAUUUUCAUUUUGCAUGGACGUAGCUCGGGGGAUGCACUACAUGCACAACAACAAACUCUACCACGGGAAACUGACGUCAUCAAAUUGCGUUGUGGAUGACAGAUGGGUGGUGAAGAUUGCAGAUUAUGGGUUGACAACAUUCAGAAACCAAGAAGGGUCACAAGCAAACACAGGAGGAUACAGAUCGAAAGCCAUGCAGGUUUAUCUUCCUCCGGAGAACAGAAGUAAUACAUAUACCCUGGUUUCACAAACUACAGAUGUAUACAGCUAUGGAGUAAUUCUCGUUGAAAUAGCCUCAAGAAAUGAGGUGAUACCCGAAGAUGAUUAUCCCUUGGAUGAGACGUGGAGACCGCCCUUACCAGACCUAGAAAUUGGAGAUACUACAGAUGAUGAAAGGUGUCCAUGUCCGACAGAUUAUCUAGGUCUAAUUGAACGAUGUUGGAACAUCAACCCCGCCCAGCGUCCUCACUUCUCACAGAUUCGGCAGACCCUACACAGCAUAAACCCUAGCAAGCUGAGUCCUGUGGACUUGAUGAUGCAGCUUAUGGAGAAGUACUCACGGCAUCUCGAAUCAAUCGUCGCCGAGAGGACGCAAGAUUUAUUGCUGGAGAAGCAAAAGACAGAUAGACUACUUUACAGUAUGUUACCACAGCCAGUAGCAGACGACUUGAGACAAGGAACUACUGCUAAGGCGGAACAAUAUGAAUCAUGUACUAUUUUCUUUAGCGAUAUUGUAGGUUUCACAAGUCUUUCCAGUACGAGCUCACCGUACGAGGUGGUAGCACUGCUCAACAAACUCUAUGUCACUUUCGACUCAAUUAUUGACAACUAUGAUGUCUAUAAAGUCGAAACUAUUGGCGAUGCAUAUAUGGUGGUAUCGGGAGUCCCGAAAAAGAACGGUCACAAGCAUGCGGGAGAAAUUGCUAGUAUGGCCCUUGAUCUGGUCGAAGUAUGUGAGACAUUCGUCAUCCCUCAUCGGCAGGACCAGAAGCUAAGGAUUAGAGCGGGAAUCCAUUCAGGUUCGGUGGUAGCGGGAGUGGUCGGCCUAAAGAUGCCUCGAUAUUGUCUCUUUGGAGACACCGUAAAUACAGCCUCUCGGAUGGAAUCAACAGGAGAAGCACUCAAAAUCCAAGCAAGUGAAUUCUGUGUCAAUCUAUUACAAGAGCUGGGUGGCUACACGUUAUCUGAGAGAGGGGAAAUGCCAGUGAAGGGCAAGGGGGUAAUGGUCACGUACUGGGUGGAGGGGAAGACGGAACGGAGAAGCAGCGGCUCAGACGACAUCAGAGCAGACGCACAAAUCAUAGACUUAUCGCCUUCGCCGCACCAUCACAAGAUGGAGGCCGAGGAGGACCAACAUGCGCAGCCUCCGACUUACCGACAAGUCACAAAAAACAAUUUAACUGCCAAUAGUGUCAACAGUGUGUACCUGGAUGAGGACGAUCCGGCGAAUAACAAUGUCACGACGCCGUUACGCGGGCCGGAGAACGGCGACGCCAUUAACAUGGUGAAACCCGGAGUGAAGAAGCCGAACUCGCCGUCGGGCGGAAACAGGAACAGCCACAUAACACUUCCGGAUGGUAAAACGACAAAAAUAAAGACCCACUCCAACAAUAUUUCUUUGCCAGGUUCUGUAGACGAUCAGCAAGAUGAGUCGGAGACAGCUUGCCUCAUCCGCGAAAGUGUACUCUAGUGGCGCCAACUCAUAAUUACCACGUGACCCGACUGGAUUAGCCAAUGGGAAGUGAGAUCAGUACAGGAUCGAUCAGCUGAGGGCGCUCCCUUCGCUUAACUAAUAAGUGGCGUUCAGUUUGUUCGCGAGUUCAUUCUAAAGAUAAGCUAUUAAAACCCACCAUGUGUGUGAACGCGAUAUGAAGGGGAGCAGAUUGUAACGCUGUUCAUGGUGUUUCAAAUGGCUAAAUUAUAUAAGGACAGAAGGAAGAAACUAUAUUUCUUCACAUGAAUGGAAAAUGAAAAAGAUCGGUAUAGCGGGCGAUAAGUAAGGAAGCUGAAUUCCUCAUGGAAGUCCGGAUGCAUUUCCAAUAAUUGUCCUAUGCUUAAAAUUUUGGUAGUUUUGCUAAAAGCUAUGCACACACACAAAAUAUCUAUGCGAUGAGCCCACAGUACAUGUAUAGUCAUUGGAUACUGAUAAACGCCUAAGUCUGCCGGUUCAGACAGUAUCAACAGAAGUAAAAAAGAAGAGAUCUCUUCGCAGGUUGUCGGCCAGUCAUUUAAUGCAUAAACAGAAGUCGGGCCGUUAUACCGACGUAAUCAAGACGUAACAAGGUCGUUUGCAACGCAACGAUUACAAAUCAGAUUGACUCGGCUUAAGUGGUUGAAUAAUGCGAUCUUAUUGGUGAAUAAACAGUUCAGGAUGAUGCAGCUGUGAGAGAACUGAUCAGUUUGUUGUCAUUCCAGCGACAUUCAUUGGACACAUCGCAACAGAGACGAUUCGUCCACUCCACGUCAAUUGACUCAUUUGAUGCUAUUAUGGUGUCAGCUUGAUUUGCCAUACCGUAACACUGAUUCUUCUCGAAUUCACCGUUACUUUGGGUACUACAUUAAAUAUGUCAAUGAUCAAUGGCAUUGCUUGUGUGACUAUUGUUUGUGCGGUACCGACUCUAAAGCGACAACUCUACGACGCUACUGAGACCCCAAAACCGUUGGGUUUGCCGUUUAUCAGAUGUUGCCCUGGUCUUGCUGGCGUUUUUUAGGAUAAUGGCAGAAAGGAUUUCGAGAGGAUUGUUUAAAAUUCGUAUCUUAAAUAUCUAUGAUAAUUAUCUAAGAAGUCAUACAAACUCGCACAAAAAGAUAUUGAUGUAGUUUCUUAUUCACCUCCAUGUCACUGCCUUGCCAACAUUAGUUUGAUCUUUAUUAUUGCAUAUUCACAUGCCUCAUACACCUAUCCGUCCUUCCUUUCGCCUUUUAUAUUGGACAAUAAUUGUGUUUAAUAUAAACUAUUUUUUUUCAAAAAUGACCUUUCCUUUAUCUCCAUCAUUUUGUUUAUCUUUUCAUUUUUUUUUGCUUUCCCCAAUUUCCUCAAUCUCCCCUCUCUUUUUUCUCUCUCUCAUUCCCUCUCUAUCUCUUCCUCUAUUCUAUCCAUUCCUUUCUGUAUUUUUAAAA